AUGACAUCCAAGGGUGGAGCACGCAGGUCAUUGGUGCCACCAGUGGACUUGGAUGCUUUGCGAAAAAAUUUUGAGACAGCUGUGGCCACCCAAGGUGCUGAUGCUUUUAAACUUGGUGACUAUCAGGAGAAAAGUGUAAGCACAGCUGUGAGCUCUGCAGGUUUGCACCACAAUGCAAAGUAUGUCAAGGAGUUCUACAAAAUCUCAGAAGGAGAAAUUCCCUCUGGGCAGUUGAAGCAGUGCAUCCUCAAAUAUGGGUACGCUCACAACGACAGUGAGCAGUGCCUGCAGGGAGCUACAGGGGCUGAAAGGCAAUCCAUUCUUGAAAUUGUGGAUUUGCCAGAUGCUUGCAAGAAAGCAGCCCCAGGUCCUGAGGAUGACCAGGCCUGCAAGAAGGCCAAAGCUGCCAAGGAGACUUCUUCUGCGAAAGCUGCAGAGGCUGGUGGCCAAGGAAGUUCCAGCUCUGCUUCUUUGAAAGAACCCGAGGAGCAGGCCUGCAAGAAGGCCAGAACUUUGAAACUACAAGUUUCAGAUGUUUCUGUGGACUCCCAUGGCUGGCCAGCCAUUCUCAAUUCUCCAAAGGCUGCAAAAGAAGAAGAAGAAGAAGUGAAAGAUUGCUUUUCCAGAAACAUGACAAUUCUGGAAAAAAUGAGGGUAAGCUGCAAGGAGCAGCUGGAUAAAGCUGCACAAGGGGCAGCCCAAGAGUUGGUUGAGAGCAGACCAGGGCUUGAAAGAAGGUCAGAAAUCCAAAAAAAGCCAGCCAGCAAAGAAUGCAAAAAAAAGCCAGCUUCGAAGAAAGCUUCCUUGCCCAAGGCAAAAAGCUUAAGGCCUGAAAGAAGGCCCACAGAGAAGCAAGGACCAAAAAAAGAAGCAGCACCACAGCCAGAACCAUUGGUGGCAGCAGAAGGGCCAAGGCCUGAAAGAAGGCCAUGGUCAGCAGUGAAAAAAGUCAUGGGCAAGGACCAAGCCUAUCUCAUGGGCCUUUUUGGAAGAGAUUGGAAGCUCAUCAUUGGCUGCACCAAAAGAAUGGGAAAGAUUUUCCCAGGUGGGCAUCACGCUGUGAUUUUGGAGCUGGAAAAGGUGGCCAUGGAGGCCGAGCUUAUGCUGGCUAUGUGCCCUGGGGUCAUGAAAAGGGGGCAGAGGAGACAGGAGGAGGAGGCUCCCAGAAGCACACAGGGCCGCCUCUUUGGCCCAAGCCCUGCAGAGGCAGCCAGGGAAGGCCUGCAAGAAGGCCAAAAAGGGAAAAGCAAAGGCAAAGCCAAGGCCAAAGAAAAGGGGUCAGGUGCAAGCAGCAGCAGGCCUGAAAGAAGGCCAGCUUUUGUCCCUGAGCAUCGACCAGGGGAGGAGGAUUGGGACACUUUCAGGCAAGAAGCCAGGGGCAAGAGGGGAAGGGAAGCGAGAAAGGCUUUGAGGGCCAGAGACCCUGAAGUCCAAGCCAGGAAAGAGAAGGGCCUGAAAGAAGGCUUUAAGGAAGACAAGGUUCAGCCUUUGCAUGAAGGGAGCAGGAAAUGGAGGAUGAUCAAGGAGAGGGAGAAGGAGGUGAAGGAGGAGGAGGAGCAACUAAUGCUUGAAAGAAAGCAGUUGCUGGAAGAGAAGGCAGCCUUCUUGGAAGAGAAGGCUGCAUGGCUCAGCAAGCAGGAGAUGAGCCCCAGCCCUGCCAGAGGGGUAGUCCUGCAGGAAGGGCCAGGGGCCAGGACUGUCGACGACAGCGUGACAGUGGAGACUGAUGAGACCGGCGCCGCGGGGUCGAACUUCGACAUUCCAGGUGAGGAAGACUCCGAAGCUGGUGAGGUCACUCUGGAGCUUUUGCUCACCAAAUUGAUUCAGGCGCAGCAAGACGAAGAGACCUGGAGCCGAGCACUGGAGCAUUUCUUUGGCGCGCCUGUGGGAUCUCUGUUGGACCCGGAGCUGGAGAAGGUGAACAGAGCCAUCCAGCAGACGGCCGCCACACUGCAAGUCGAAGGUCCCUGCCCACAGGCGGAGGCCUUUUUAGUCACGGCAUCGGGCAUGCUAACUGGUGGGUUCUGGAAGGUUCUGGGCUCCGGGAAUUGGGAGAUUCUGUCAUUGGUGCCACCAGUGGACUUGGAUGCUUUGCGAAAAAAUUUUGAGACAGCUGUGGCCACCCAAGGUGCUGAUGCUUUUAAACUUGGUGACUAUCAGGAGAAAAGUGUAAGCACAGCUGUGAGCUCUGCAGGUUUGCACCACAAUGCAAAGUAUGUCAAGGAGUUCUACAAAAUCUCAGAAGGAGAAAUUCCCUCUGGGCAGUUGAAGCAGUGCAUCCUCAAAUAUGGGUACACUCACAACGACAGUGAGUGGAAGGAUGACCUGUGGGCAGGCAAGCUUGCAAGUCAAUUUGUCUGCUUGCUCAGCCAUGUGAGAAGACUGAAAAGAGACUCUUCGAAACUAAGGCAGUGCCUGCAGGGAGCUACAGGGGCUGAAAGGCAAUCCAUUCUUGAAAUUGUGGAUUUGCCAGAUGCUUGCAAGAAAGCAGCCCCAGGUCCUGAGGAUGACCAGGCCUGCAAGAAGGCCAAAGCUGCCAAGGAGACUUCUUCUGCGAAAGCUGCAGAGGCUGGUGGCCAAGGAAGUUCCAGCUCUGCUUCUUUGAAAGAACCCGAGGAGCAGGCCUGCAAGAAGGCCAGAACUUUGAAACUACAAGUUUCAGAUGUUUCUGUGGACUCCCAUGGCUGGCCAGCCAUUCUCAAUUCUCCAAAGGCCGCAAAAGAAGAAGAAGAAGAAGAAGAAGAAGAAGAAGAAGAAGAAGUGAAAGAUUGCUUUUCCAGAAACAUGACAAUUCUGGAAAAAAUGAGGGUAAGCUGCAAGGAGCAGCUGGAUAAAGCUGCACAAGAGGCAGCCCAAGAGUUGGUUGAGAGCAGACCAGGGCUUGAAAGAAGGACCAAGCCUAUCUCAUGGGCCUUUUUGGAAGAGAUUGGCCGAGCUUAUGCUGGCUAUGUGCCCUGGGGUCAUGAAAAGGAUUGGGAUGAUGGCGACACCUGGGGGCAGAGGAGACAGGAGGAGGGCCGCCUCUUUGGCCCAAGCCCUGCAGAGGCAGCCAGGGAAGGCCUGCAAGAAGGCCAAAAAGGGAAAAGCAAAGGCAAAGCCAAGGCCAAAGAAAAGGGGUCAGGUGCAAGCAGCAGCAGGCCUGAAAGAAGGCCAGCUUUUGUCCCUGAGCAUCGACCAGGGGAGGAGGAUUGGGACACUUUCAGGCAAGAAGCCAGGGGCAAGAGGGGAAGGGAAGCGAGAAAGGCUUUGAGGGCCAGAGACCCUGAAGUCCAAGCCAGGAAAGAGAAGGGCCUGAAAGAAGGCUUUAAGGAAGACAAGGUUCAGCCUUUGCAUGAAGGGAGCAGGAAAUGGAGGAUGAUCAAGGAGAGGGAGAAGGAGGUGAAGGAGGAGGAGGAGCAACUAAUGCUUGAAAGAAAGCAGUUGCUGGAAGAGAAGGCAGCCUUCUUGGAAGAGAAGGCUGCAUGGCUCAGCAAGCAGGAGAUGAGCCCCAGCCCUGCCAGAGGGGUAGUCCUGCAGGAAGGGCCAGGGGCCAGGACUGUCGACGACAGCGUGACAGUGGAGCCGCCGAAAGCGCCGGCCGGUGAGACUGAUGAGACCGGCGCCGCGGGGUCGAACUUCGACAUUCCAGGUGAGGAAGACUCCGAAGCUGGUGAGGUCACUCUGGAGCUUUUGCUCACCAAAUUGAUUCAGGACCCUGGAGACCCUGGACCAGAGCUCUGUGCGCAGCAAGACGAAGAGACCUGGAGCCGAGCACUGGAGCAUUUCUUUGGCGCGCCUGUGGGAUCUCUGUUGGACCCGGAGCUGGAGAAGGUGAACAGAGCCAUCCAGCAGACGGCCGCCACACUGCAAGUCGAAGGUCCCUGCCCACAGGCGGAGGCCUUUUUAGUCACGGCAUCGGGCAUGCUAACUGGUGGGUUCUGGAAGGUUCUGGGCUCCGGGAAUUGGGAGAUUCUGUCAUUGGUGCCACCAGUGGACUUGGAUGCUUUGCGAAAAAUUUUUGAGACAGCUGUGGCCACCCAAGGUCCUGAGGAUGACCAGGCCUGCAAGAAGGCCAAAGCUGCCAAGGAGACUUCUUCUGCGAAAGCUGCAGAGGCUGGUGGCCAAGGAAGUUCCAGCUCUGCUUCUUUGAAAGAACCCGAGGAGCAGGCCUGCAAGAAGGACCAAGCCUAUCUCAUGGGCCUUUUUGGAAGAGAUUGGAAGCUCAUCAUUGGCUGCACCAAAAGAAUGGAAAAGAUUUUCCCAGGUGGGCAUCACGCUGUGAUUUUGGAGCUGGAAAAGGUGGCCAUGGAGGCCGAGCUUAUGCUGGCUAUGUGCCCUGGGGUCAUGAAAAGGGGGCAGAGGAGACAGGAGGAGGAGGCUCCCAGAAGCACACAGGGCCGCCUCUUUGGCCCAAGCCCUGCAGAGGCAGCCAGGGAAGGCCUACAAGAAGGCCAAAAAGGGAAAAGCAAAGGCAAAGCCAAGGCCAAAGAAAAGGGGUCAGGUGCAAGCAGCAGCAGGCCUGAAAGAAGGCCAGCUUUUGUCCCUGAGCAUCGACCAGGGGAGGAGGAUUGGGACCCUUUCAGGCAAGAAGCCAGGGGCAAGAGGGGAAGGGAAGCGAGAAAGGCUUUGAGGGCCAGAGACCCUGAAGUCCAAGCCAGGAAAGAGAAGGGCCUGAAAGAAGGCUUUAAGGAAGACAAGGUUCAGCCUUUGCAUGAAGGGAGCAGGAAAUGGAGGAUGAUCAAGGAGAGGGAGAAGGAGGUGAAGGAGGAGGAGGAGAAGGGCCAGGGGCCAGGCCUGAAAGAAGGCCAAAAAGGAAGAUCCUCCUCCUCUUCUUAUUCAUAUGAAUACAGUGAAGAGGAGGAGGUAUUUGUGGAGGAGAAGCAGCCAGACUGGCAGGAGGAGGAGGAGGAGAAAGAGGAAAAGGAGCAGGAGGAGCAGCCAAAGAAAAAGGACCCCAAGGACAAGGAAAAGAAAGCUGCAAAGGAGGAGGAGGAGCGAAAGGAGAAAAAGGUUUCCAAGGAAAAGGAAGCUGCAAAGAAGGAGAAGAAGCCCCAAAAGGAAGAGAAGCCCAAGGAGAAGGAGAAGGCUAUGGCCAAGAAAAGGCCUGCAUCCCUUGAGGGCUUGAAAGAAAGCCAGAAAAAAAAAACGCAGAAACUGAAUGAAAAAAAUGAGGAAAGCCAACCACUGAAAGCAACACAAGAGACAAGUGCUGAGGAGAAGCAGCAAGAAGGCCUGCAAGAAGGCCAAGUAGGAGCUUCUGAGCCCGAAGCAACUCAGGAAGAAGCAACCCAGGGGGCAACUGCUGAGGAGCAGCAAGAGGGCCUGCAAGAAGGCCACCAACCAGAUGCUUCUGAAGAAGGGAAACCAGCUGCUGAGGCUGAGAUAGAGGAAGCAGCAAAGAUGCUUCCAGAAAGUGUAGCAAAGGCAGCCCAGGCAAGCCUGAAAGAAGGCUCUGAGGCUGGUGCCACUUUGACUUCUUCCAGGCUCAAACUUCACGAAAAAACACAGGCAGCCAUCCAAGGCCUGAAAGAAGGCCACCUGUCAGAGGCUGCAUUCUGGCAGGAAAUCUCCAACAAAGACAGAGCUGCCUUGUGGAAAAAAUAUGAAGGAGCCAGGAACAAAGACCCUGAAGCCAAAGCAGCUUGGCUCCAGAUGGGUGGCCCAGGUGUCCUGGAUCAGAAGAAGCAACUGCUUCUGCACUUCCUGAAGACUGGUCAGGCCCAGGAAGGGGGCUUGAAAAAAAGCCAAGAAGUCGCCAACUCCAAGAAGGAGAAAGAAUGGUUUGAGUGGGUCCCCUGGAAGCAGAUCCUUGACUGGUAUGGGGAAGAGGAGGCCCUGGCCAGGGUAGAGAGUGGUUUAAUAGCAGUGAAAAAGGUGGGAAAGAAAUUCUAUGAAUUUCUCCUGGUGAAGAUCAGGACCGAGCUCACACUGGAGCAAAAAAAAAGGAUUGCUGCUGAGCAAGAAAUAGCACUGCAAGGUGAGGAACUGAAGGCCUGCAAGAAGGCCUUAGCAGCAGCAAGAACAAAACAGGAAUGGGAUGACCUUUGGCUUGAAAAAAAGCCACAGAAAGGCUUCCAGGUUGAAGAUGCUUUGUCAGAACCUUCUGAAACUUCUUCUGAACAUGAGGACGAAAGUUCAGCAGAGCAACAUAAUCCUGCAGCAAGUUUCCUGCAAGGCCUGAAAAAAGGCCAGGCUAUGGUCUCUCAGAAAAAAGAAAAAAGAAAUGAUGACAAGCAGAAGCACCUCGCAAAGGAAGAGAAAGUCAAGGAGGAGGACAGCAGAGCUUGCAAGAAAGCUCAGGCAGAGAAGACUAAGAUUGCCAAAAAAAAGGAAGCAGACAAAAAAUGGCACACAAAGUUAGAGGAAGCCACACAAGUGGGUGAAAACGAAAAGGACAGUAAGGUCAAGAAGAUGCUGGCCUUGGUCAGCAAAGGAGUGGCUGAUUUGAAGAAGGCUUGCAAGAAAGCCAAAGAUGCCAGCUGGGGUGCAGAUGUCCUGCAAGCUCUCAUCAAAUCUAGAGACAGCUUGGAAGAUUUGGCAACAGAUGGUGAGCUGGAAGGCAUCAAGAACCACUUGCUGGAAGCAGCAUCAGCUCUGAAGGCUUUCAAGAAAUUGCUCACUGCCUAG